UAUUCAACAUCAUCGAUAAUCAAUCCAACACAUAAUAAUUGUACAAUUCCAUGUGAACAUGAACGUUUCGACAUUGGUAAAGAUUGUGUGAAUGCUGGUGAUCGUUGUCAAUGUGUUGCACAUUGUUGUUGGGCAUUUGAUUGUCGUAAUUGGCCAGUAUUUGCACAAUGUCGUAAAAAAUGUAAAAUUCGUGAUUGGAGCCGUUUUGGACCAGCAGCACUACAUCAUGAUCAUCCAAUCGAAUGUAAUCAUUUUCCAUGCUAUGAACAUUAUCUUAUACCAUGGGAUAUACGUAAUGUAAAUCAAACUCGCCAAAUUAAUUGUAUUAAACAUUGUUGUUUUGCAUUUAAUUGUAAAAAAUUUUCCGGUUAUUGUCGGGAAUUGUGUUUACAAAAAUGA